GUUGGAGUUUGGAGUUUGACCUAUGUGGAGCCUCCCUUAGCAGCAGGCAAGGAGGCAGAGCCACCAUUGUCCUCUGACACUUUCUGCUUCAAAGGGACAGAAGCCCAGGAGUCUCUCUCCUCACAGCCACUUCCUUCUGCCUCUGAAGUCCCCAAAAGGCCAGGGCAGUGGAACCUGCAUUGGAAAUAAGCACCGACAGGCUCGUUCAGCACCAUGGAGAGCAGUACCCUCAGCCCUGGGCCUCCACACUCGAAAGACCUGGAGGCCUUUCCUCAGAAGAGCCUGGAGCCAGGUGACACUGCAGUGCUGGUUCUGUACUUCCUCUUUGUUCUGGCUGUUGGACUGUGGUCCACCAUGAAGACUAAAAGGGACACAGUGAAAGGCUACUUCCUGGCUGGAGGGGACAUGGUGUGGUGGCCAGUGGGAGCCUCCUUGUUUGCUAGCAACGUUGGAAGUGGACACUUCAUUGGCCUGGCAGGCUCAGGAGCUGCAGUGGGCAUUUCUGUUGCUGCCUAUGAGCUCAAUGGCUUGUUUUCUGUGCUGAUGUUGGCCUGGAUCUUCCUUCCUAUCUACAUCGUUGGCCAGGUCACCACCAUGCCUGAAUACCUAAGGAAGCGUUUUGGGGGCAACAGGAUCCCCAUCAUCCUAUCUGUGCUCUACCUGUUCAUCUACAUCUUCACCAAGAUCUCGGUGGACAUGUAUGCAGGUGCCAUCUUUAUUCAGCAAUCACUACACCUGGAUCUGUACCUGGCCAUAGUGGGGCUCUUGGCCAUCACCGCUCUAUACACUGUUGCAGGUGGACUGGCUGCCGUGAUCUACACAGAUGCUCUGCAGACCGGGAUCAUGCUCAUAGGUGCCUUCACCCUGAUGGGCUAUAGUUUUGCAGCUGUUGGUGGGAUGGAAGGCCUCAAGGACAAGUACUUCUUGGCCCUGGCUAGCAACCGGAGUGAGAACAGCAGCUGUGGGCUCCCCAGAGAAGAUGCCUUCCACAUCUUCCGAGAUCCAGUGACAUCUGAUCUUCCUUGGCCUGGGAUCCUGUUUGGAAUGUCCAUCCCAUCUCUGUGGUACUGGUGCACAGAUCAGGUGAUUGUUCAGCGGACCUUGGCUGCCAAGAACCUGUCCCAUGCCAAAGGAGGUUCCCUGAUGGCUGCAUACCUGAAAGUACUCCCCCUUUUCCUAAUGGUGUUCCCUGGUAUGGUCAGCCGGGUUCUCUUUCCAGAUCAAGUGGCUUGUGCACACCCAGACAUCUGCCAGAAGGUCUGUAGCAACCCCUCUGGCUGUUCUGACAUCGCAUAUCCCAAACUUGUGCUGGAACUACUGCCCACAGGACUCCGUGGGCUCAUGAUGGCUGUGAUGGUGGCGGCUCUCAUGUCCUCCCUCACCUCCAUCUUUAACAGUGCCAGCACCAUCUUCACCAUGGACCUCUGGAAUCAUAUCCGGCCACGGGCGUCUGAGAGGGAGCUCAUGAUUGUGGGCAGGGUGUUUGUGCUUAUACUUGUGUUGGUCUCCAUCCUCUGGAUCCCCGUGGUUCAGGCCAGCCAGGGAGGCCAACUCUUCAUCUACAUCCAAUCCAUCAGCUCAUACCUACAGCCACCCGUGGCUGUGAUCUUCAUCAUGGGAUGUUUCUGGAAGCGAACCAAUGAAAAAGGUGCCUUCUAUGGCCUGACUUUGGGCCUGCUGCUAGGAAUGGUCAGGCUGGUCCUGGAUUUUAUCUACGUACAGCCUCGCUGUGACCAGCUGGAUGAACGGCCAGUUGUGGUGAAGGAUGUCCACUACCUCUACUUCUCCAUGAUUCUGUCAUUCACCACCCUCAUCACUGUGUUCACCGUGAGCUGGUUCACAGAGCCACCUUCUAAGGAGAUGGUCAGCCGAUUGACUUGGUUUACUCGCCAAGACUCCAUGGUCCAGAAGAACCCAGUACCAUUAGCAACUCCCCUGCCUCCUACCCUCUCUCAGAAUGGUACCUCAGAGGCCACCAGCACUGACAUCCAGUUGGAGAUUAUUCAAGAAAAUAUGUCCAAAACCCAGAACUGUGCUGUGUCCCCAAAGCCAUCCAAGAUGGUGAAAACCAUCUUGUGGCUCUGUGGAAUGGAGACCAAGGACAAAGGGGAGCCCCCAAAGAAAGCAGAGCCCAUCUUAGUUUCAUUGGAGGAAAACCCCAUUGUAAAAACCCUUCUAGAUGUCAACUGCCUUCUCUGCAUCAGCUGUGCCAUCUUCCUCUGGGGCUACUUUGGCUAACACAGGGUGAGCCCAGUGGUCCAAGCUCUCAGUUUGUUUCCAACACCCUAUUUUUUAAUGAAAGAAAACAAAA